CGAUUCGCUUCUUUCGCAUCUCAUUACUGCCAAUAUCAUAACAAUUAGCGAUAUCCCAUAGCAUUGCCUUCUUCGUCUGCCCUCUUUCGGCUUUGGUUUUGGCUUUACUUUACUCUUUUUUACUCUUUGGACAGCUCUCUCUCCUCAAUUGCAUCUUCUAAAACCACUCAACCUUCUUUGUCUCUUUCACUGUCAUUCCUUCUGAGAAAAAGGGUACCACAUGCUUGCUAUGUAGAGGUGAAAAGUAGUCAACUUUUUUUUUUGGGGGUGUCUCUACUCAAGUGCUUCCUCAAAAUGUGUAGCUUCAAUCCCUUUAGUUUUUGAGGGUUUUGUUCCUCAAUCUUCUUCAUUUUCGACAAUGGCGAGGAUUUGGGUUGCUUUUGCUCUUGUUUUUCUUCUUCUUUUUGGUGGGGUUUCUUCUGUUUCAGCCACGCCUCCUGCAAAAAUUGUACGAGGGGUUCUUUCGAAUGUGGUUUCUUCUCUUGUGAAGAAGUUGUGGUCGAUGAAAUCCAGCGCCAAAACUGCUGUUUCUAGCCGUUCGAUGAUGAAAUUUGAGAGUGGAUAUACGGUUGAGACGGUGUUUGAUGGUAGUAAGCUGGGAAUCGAUCCAUAUUCUGUUGAGGUGUCGCCUAGUGGGGAGCUUCUGAUCUUAGAUGCUGAAAACAGUAAUAUCCAUAAGAUCUCAAUGCCGUUGUCUCGAUUUAGCAGGCCUAAGCUGGUUUCGGGAUCAGCAGAGGGAUACUCUGGACAUGUCGAUGGUCAUCCAAGAGAAGCGAGAAUGAACCAUCCGAAAGGUCUUACUUUAGAUGAAAGGGGAAAUAUAUACAUUGCAGAUACAAUGAAUAUGGCUAUCAGAAAGAUUAGUGACACAGGGGUUACAACGAUUGCUGGUGGAAGAUGGAACCAAGGGAGUGGUCAUAUUGAUGGUCCAAGUGAAGAUGCAAAGUUCUCAAAUGAUUUCGAUGUCGUUUAUGUGGGAAGUAGCUGCUCUCUUUUGGUUAUAGACAGAGGAAACAAGGCAAUUCGAGAGAUUGAACUCAACUAUAAUGACUGCAAUACGCAAUAUGCCGAUAGUCUCAACUUGGGGGUAGUAUUGCUGGUUGCUGCUGGUCUUUUUGGUUACCUUCUUGCUUUGCUCCAACGUAGGGUGCAAGCUAUGUUUUCCUCACAGAAGGAUCAGGAUGUAAGAAGUCAGCAAAUGAUGAAAGCAACACCAGUUGCCCCAUACCAAAGACCUCCUCUGAAGUCAGUGAGGCCCUCCUUGAUUCCAAGUGAAGAUGAACCAGAGAAACUGGAGGAAGGCUUCUUUGGUUCUCUCGGGAGGCUUUUUGUCAACAGUGGCUCAUCUAUGGCUGAUAUCUUUGGGGGAUUGCUAUCUGGAUUUCGGAGGAAGCCUCUUAAUCACCAGAUUCAUCAGCAGUUUCAACCAGUUAAUAGACAUCCAAAUGCUUGGCCCUUGCAAGAAAGUUUUGUGAUUCCAGAUGAAGACGAGCCACCAUCCAUCGAAACAAAAACUCCCACAAUAAAGAAAACCUAUCCAUUUAUGACGCAAGAUCUCGAUCGAUCUCACCAGUUCAAGCCGAACAGGAGCUACUUUAGUGGGUGGGAUGGUGAAUUCCAUCAACAGCAACAACAACAGCAAAUACAGCAUCAUCAUCAACAGCAGCAUAUACAACAUCACCACCAUCAACAGCAGCAGCAAUAUCACCAUCGACAAUACUCAGCAGGUCCAACGACCUACUACGAGAAGAGUUGCGAAACAAAUGAAAUUGUGUUCGGUGCAGUUCAAGAGCAAGAUGGACGUCGUGAAGCUAUGGUCAUAAAAGCUGUUGAUUAUGGAGAUCCGAGAUAUAACCAUCACAACAUUCGAGCUCGAUACAACUAUACUGGUAACCCCAACUCUUAUUGACAAGAAAUAGAACAUAUAUCAAUGCUUUCAGUUAGUAUAUUGGGGAAUAUGUGGGAGUAGAGUUAGGAGUCAAGAUAUGUUUGUUUUUGUUUAAUUUCAAAGUCCUCACCAUGUUUUUAUGGGGAGAAAUGCUAGUUUUCUUAGAGUUCAUGCAUAAUCAUAUAUGUUGUUUGCACAUCAUUGGUCAAAAUCAAGGAGAUACUCAUACUUGUUAAUGUUGUAUGCAUAUCGUUUGUUGAUAUCA